AACACAAGUGCAGUUUUAAAUACGACUGUGGAGAACCACACACUCACGUUUGUUUUUUUCUUUAAUUAUAAAAUUGCUUUUAUUCAUGUUUUGUGAAUUCAGGGCGUAGGAUUCAUCGAACACUUCGCUCCGACAUAGAAAGAGUGCCAUUACGGUUAACAAAUACUUUGCUUUGGAGUUAUACUUUGAUCUCCAGGGAUGUCGGAAAAAUUUAACACAACGACAAAUGGUACGCAGCCAACAUUUUGCUUCAAUCCUACAGUGAGAAGAAUCGGAUUCACUGUUAUUUACAGCUUGAUUUCUGUAGUUUCAGUGAUUGCAAAUUUAUUGAUUGGAAUUAUUUUUUACAAGACCAAAACUCUAAGAAAAUCCAUCAACUUUUUCAUCGUCAAUAUGGCCAUAUCUGAUAUUCUUUUGCCGAUUUUUCUUAUACCGCCGAUUGUGGCAUCGUUAUUCACUGUUGAACCUUGGCUGAUCAGCGGUCCUGUUGGUUUGGCCUUGUGUAAGCUUGUAAUGUUCUUGCCCCAUGUUUCUGUUUCUGUGUCUGCUGAAAGCUUAGUUCUAAUGGCAGUGGACCGAUUUGUGGCUGUGCUAUUUCCGCUCCGAUCCCCACUGAUUAGUCCAGGGCUGUGCCCCUUCUUCAUCCUCGCAACUUGGAUUGUCGCAAUGGCCGUUUCGUCUCCAUAUCUCUUCACAAUGAAACUUGUUGAGUAUCCAGACGGUUUAGUGUGCGAGCGAAAUUGGAGUGAUACUUUUGGCGUCAGCUCAUCGGUAGAAAAGUAUAACCAAGCAGUUUUUACCGUUUCAUUUUAUGUUCCAUUCGUUUUGAUUGCCAUACUUUACACAGUUAUUUGUUUUAGGCUCAAGUUCCAGAAGAAACCAGGCGAACGAUCAACCAACAUUGAGCAACAACGCGGGAAAAGGGAGCGAAAUGUGUUUAAGACGUCUGUUGCUAUUGUAUUGGGGUUUGCAGCGUGCUGGUUUCCUUAUACGAUCCACUGGUUACUACCGAAGCAUUUCAGAUCCGAAAACGCAUUCUGAGGUUUCGAAUACUUCACCGUUAUUGCCUUUCUUUUGGCUCAAUCAAACUGUGCUAUAAACCCUUGCAUAUGUUUGAUUUUUAGUGGAAAUUACCGUCAAGGUUUCAAGAAUCUAACGCAAGGCUCCCCUUU